CCCAACCAACAGAACAGAGAAGAGAACAGCCCAACAGUAUCGAACGGGAAAUCAUCGUGUAGACUCGAACGGGGCACCAUAUUGAUAUUGAUCGCGACCGACAAUCGGGGGGUGUAAAAAUCCACAUUAUCUGGCAGUUCGCGAAUCGCGAUGUGAAAUGACAGUGUUUUGUUGAAUAUUGUGACACUAUUGUCACGAUUGAUCGCGAUUGCCGUGCAGUUGUAAGUGGUCUUCUUUUGUAUGAGUUCUAUUGCGGAUACCUGUCUUCUUGAUACCUCCUACUACCUGAAUGCAUCUACGGUCAGGUAGAAAAUAAUGCACACACCGGACGGCACACUGGAAAGAGGCCAGGCACCACCCCCUUAUUCAUUGCCUACCACUGUGCAUCAGAGCCUUUUCGAUGACGAGGAAACAACUCUACCGCACCUCAUGUCCUUACCUAAUCAGGACCAGUUCAUCGACAGCAGUAUUCUCCCCACGAAAGAAGACUACAACAUCCCUCAGAUAGUGAACGAAUAUGCGGUCAAUAUACCGGCAGCUUGUCAGGACAGCUCUCCAGAAACGCCUCAGCCCGCCUACGAUCCCAAACAGGGAUGGAUCAACGGCAUUUUCGGAUGCCUCAGGCCGGUCCUGUCCAUCAUCGGAAAAGGGGUUAGCGAGAACAAAAAUGCCCAAGAUGACUGGGAAAUACCCUUCGAACAAAUCACCGACCUCAAAUUCCUGGGUUCUGGGGGACAAGGCGCUGUCUUCUCAGGAAUGCUCAACAAUACUGCAGUGGCUGUGAAAAAAGUUUCUGAUCUCAAAGAGACGGAUAUUAGAAAUCUCAGAAAAUUGAACCACCCUAAUAUCGUCAAGUUCAAAGGUGUCUGUACGCAGGAGCCAUCAUGUUACUGCAUUAUUAUGGAGUUCUGUCCAUAUGGUCCCCUUUUCGAUUUGCUCAAAAAUCAGAAGAACAUUGUGACGAUAAACAGAGUUUGUUCAUGGGCGAAACAAAUUGCCAACGGAAUGUACUAUCUGCAUAGCCAUAAGAUUAUUCACAGAGAUUUGAAGAGCCCAAAUGUACUGAUAGGAGAAGGCGAAGUAAUAAAAAUCAGUGAUUUCGGUACCUCUCGAACCUGGAAUGGAGUAAGUGAAAAGAUGACUUUUGCUGGCACUGUUGCCUGGAUGGCUCCCGAAGCAAUCCAAGAGCUUGCAUGCAGCGAGAAAAUCGACAUUUGGGCAUUCGGCGUCGUCCUUUGGGAGCUUAUAACAUGCGAAGUUCCGUAUGACGGCAUGAAUCAGGGAGCGAUUAUGUAUUCAGUUGGUUCAGGCAAACUAACACCACCUAUUCCAUCUACUUGUCCUGAUGGAUUCAAACUCAUCAUGCAGAUGUGCUGGAAAUUCAACCCCAGAGAGCGGCCGAAUUUCAAACUGAUCUGCAACCAUUUAGAAAUAGCCUCAGUUGCUAUAUUAUCCAAAUACGAAGACAAAACCUUCUUUGAGACCCAGGAGAGCUGGAAAAAGGAAAUUCGAACUCAGAUCUAUGUGUUUUGCGAACAACUACAAAAGCACAAAAUCGAAUAUCAACUCAAAGAAGAACAGCUAAUAAAAAGAAGAGAAUUGGAGUUGAAGCAUAUUCGGGAUAUAAGAGAAGUGUAUGAUAGACGAGUUGAAAAAGUGAAUCAGAUGAUAGUAGAGUUGGCAUGCAAAAUUCAACAGAUAGAAAGACAGAGGCCGAAUGUGAGGCAAAGGAAGAUACUACCGAGGUUUAGUAAUGGCAGAAGGAGGGCAGGUAAUCAGAGUACAACACCUACAAGUCCUGAGUGCAGUUUGACAAGUCCUGAUAGCCCACAAAUUGUUCCUGUCAAAGCCCCUCUCUAUGCCCGAUUGAAACCAGACUCAGAUGCCACUACUCAAUCCACCACUACACAAACAGGCUCUAACUCAGCACGUAAAAGACAUAGCCGUACCAGUUCCGGUUCCCCUCGCAAUUCAAGAUGUUCUCGUUCUUCGGGUUCAAGAACGUCAAUCGUAGUCGACGCCGAGACACAAACCGACUCGAUGGAUGUCAGCGAGACUGAUUUGAGCCCUACGACCAGUUGCGGUACCAGUACGAUGGUCUAUCCCCAGCGAGUUAUAUUGGAGGAGUUCAGGAAUGCCUUGGAUGAGGAACGUUCGAAUGGGAAUUGUGUUCAGCUACAUUAUAUGGUUCCUCACACUGAAACCGUUCAAGUAUUCACUACUCAUAUAGCAUCGCCCACAACAAUCUCUAAUCCGAUAUUCCAUCCUGACGAUACUGUCAACCGCAACGAUAUCGACCCAGGAGCCUCUAGCGAAGAAGACAAUCUCGAGACCAUUGGCCGUAAAGUUUCUGCAAUCAAAAUGUCAGCCAUGUUUUCGCCUGAGAACGGAAAUAUUUCGAGCAGUUUGGAUGAUAUCAUCAGACAUAGGACAUGUUCAGAGACAAGAGAUGAUUUGGAUAGUACAGAGGACCAGGCAAAUGAGGAUAGCUUCACUGAUGAGGAGGGAGAAAUUUAUAACCAGUCACUACGGAGACGAAGUCUGGCGAGAAGACCAAUCUACCCAGGUCGCAGAUCAAAUCGAUUCAAAGCAAAUUUCGUCAAUUUUCAACGUGAACCCAACGCCUCAGAUGAGGGCAACACCUCGGAAUACUCGAUUUCCCCCUCAAGUAAAUCUUCAACUCUCGAAUCGAACCCUGAGAGAACGAGGGGAUUGCCAAAUUUGUCGGUGAAAAGGUCUAGUGAGAGCUUGGACCGGGGAUCGGAUAGUGAAUCGGAGGAAAAUAAUACUAUUGCUACACAGGUAUACAAUUUGAACAAAACAGAGAAUGUAGUCUGAAGUUGCAAAGCGUGAAUGUGAUCUUUUUAGUUGUUAAGUUUUAUUUUUUUAUGUUGUGUUAAACUAUUUAUCCUUUAAGCAUAAGUUCAUCUGUGAAAUAAUCCAAUUCGACAAACUGACUAUUUUUCGAAUUUCAAUCAGGAUUGACAGAAGGAAAACACAUUUUAUAUGAACGUUUCCAUCACAUAUAGCUCAACCAUACAAUCAGUGAGAAAUAAGUUAACUUACGAUAAAAAACGAUG